CGCGCGGUGAUGCGGCCGCGCCGGCAGCUCGCCUCACUCAACUCACUCCGCGCCUUCGGUUCCCGGCACGCGAAAAAGAUGGCUGCUAUCCGCAAGAAGCUGGUGAUCGUGGGCGACGGCGCGUGCGGAAAGACGUGUCUGCUCAUCGUGUUCAGCAAGGACCAGUUCCCCGAGGUGUAUGUGCCCACCGUGUUCGAGAAUUACGUGGCCGACAUCGAAGUGGACGGCAAGCAGGUGGAGCUGGCGCUAUGGGACACGGCCGGGCAGGAGGACUACGACCGCUUGCGGCCCCUCAGCUACCCGGACACCGAUGUCAUCCUCAUGUGCUUCAGCAUCGACAGCCCCGACAGCCUUGAAAACAUUCCCGAGAAGUGGACGCCGGAGGUGAAGCACUUCUGCCCCAACGUGCCCAUCAUCCUGGUCGGCAACAAGAAGGAUCUGCGCAACGAUGAGAGCACGCGCAGGGAACUGGCCAAGACGAAGCAGGUGCCCGUGACGACGGAGGAAGGGCGCGACAUGGCCAAUCGCAUCAACGGCUUCGGCUACAUGGAGUGCUCCGCCAAGACGAAGGACGGUGUGCGCGAGGUGUUUGAGAUGGCCACGCGCGCCGCCCUGCAGGUGCGCAAGCGCAGGAAACGGCAGGCGUGCUCCCUGCUGUAAGGUGGAGAGGGCAGGUCUCUACCCGUGCCCCGCGCCCCCACUUCUACCAAGGUCUACGGCGACCACCACCACAUUCUCUUAUUAUUUUAUUUUUUCCAUUCUACGUGACUUUACCGAAAGAACCAAGAAGAUGAAUCCCUGCAGUCACGAAAGCUUUAAAUCGAAAUUUACACAACCACAUUGCCGAAGCCUCAUUUGUGCAUAAGCUCUGAAGCUGGGCUGCAAAAGUUCACUCUUAUUGAAAGUUGUUAAAAGAGUAGCUUUUUUAUUUAAAGGAUGUGGAAAAAAUUGUGGUUUGUUGCUAGAUGACGGGACACUCGUUCGCAUUCGGUAGUGGAACGAUGCGUCACGUCCGCCUAACACUCGGCCAGUAUAUCUCUCUUCGGCCAUCAUCUCCUCUUAAAGCGUGGCCUGGGGCAACAGCCCUUCAAUAGAACUGCACUCCGGAGCGCCCUGCGCAUUGAUCGGCAUGCACCCCUGAUCGCGGAAAUCUAUUGCACACAACUGGUUGCGUUUGUUUAGAACGCAUUUUUUUUUAUAUACGUGUCGAACCGGAUUAUUUUUACCUGCGGAAAAUUUUGCUGCAAAUUUUCAAAGCGCACCAUUUUUAAAUUGGAAACCAAAUAUCUCCAUUCAAAUGAGCUUCGGGCCAUUCACAUUGAGGUGGCCCCAAAACCCAUCGGCCAUAAAUUCACAUUUCGAUGCCGGGAAGGGCCAAUAACUCCAUGGGCUGACCACUGUUGACUUUGCAUUAAAUAGUACUCAUUGGGAUAUCACCAACAGAUAAAUGAAGCAUGUGAAACUGUUCUUGUGCUUCGAGGAUGAAUAUACGAUUCAAUGUAGAGUACUGAAUAUGGCUGCUGUAGCACCAAGGGGGAUGAUGUUGUACCCAAACACCACUGUAAUCCACGUGUUUUACCCAAUAUAAUUCUCAUUGAGACCGCACAAAUUAACAGCACUUAGAUCGUUGGUGUAAACCUGACUCAUGCCAAAUCCAGUUCCUGCCACUAACCACAUGACCGAGAAUAGAACCCGAGCCACCGCAGUUGCGACGUAAGAUUCUGCAACUGCUUAACCACUGCUCCUUAACUCGGUCAUUACCCCGUGCGUAGGUUACGAAGGUAGCACCUGCGGUAUCCGCCACAAGAGUCAGCGCGACUUCAUUUCCACCCCACUGCACGUUUGUUGCGGCAGGCAGCUUGAGCUCGCCUUUUUGACGUUAUUAUGAAAUAUGCUGGGAGCGCGUAAUCUCUUUGAAUCUGUAACGGCACCGUGCUAUCGGCGUCAAAUGUCGCGCCAGAAGGGAUGGCAUCACAGUUGAGUUUCGUUCUUCGUUUUCAUGUUUAUUUAUUUUUUUGCGCGGCGCAUUUGUAGAGCUGCCCCGAAUAAGCCGUUUGGCAGAGAAACACCGGUGCCUACAACGUAUAUCGGAGGGUGCUUUAAUUGUAAGAUGUGUAGAUUACGGCUUUAAGUCGAUAAGGAAAGAGCUUUUAUGAACAGCAUUUGCAUUGCAUGAUUACAGUCAUCUGGAAGCACGUGUCCACAUUGAAGAUGUUGUUUUUUUUCUUUACAGUGCGCCAAACAUCUCAAUACCUUUGCUGUAGGUGGUACCGGUAUUUCUUAUUUUUAUUCGACGCAAUCUUAAUGGAGGGGGCCGUUUUGAAAUGACUCCACACAAAACUGAAAGCCGUUCACUCUUUGGACCGGGCCAGCUUCAAUUUACCAAGUCGUUGAGCAUUUUAAAUUAAUGGAAGAUGGACAUUGUAUUUAUAAAAUAUUGAACAGACAGUAUAGACUUUCUACACUGUUCUGCAAUUGAUGGGUUCCCAUGAAAUACAGGCCUUUCCUAUACAGGUUGCGAAAACAUCUGAGGUAUCUGAAGCUAGAUCUGGGAAUAGGUUUACGUUCGGGGGAAAACACUUCCCGCCAGCAUUUCAAUCAAUCUGCUUUAUCCGCUGCCGUGCAUUUCACACUGAAACUGGCAGGAAGCGCUGCAAAGGGGGAAAAACUAAAUGCACGUACUAAUUAAAUAUAUAAACACAGCUUCAAGUAUUUUUGCUAACAUAAGUGGUACCAAUUUUUGCUGUGGCCCAUAGACUACAAGACAAGAGGCAUGUGCGUACAGCCUAAUGCCUUGCAUAUAUCCAUUAUAUCUGCUGCUUCCUGGGUCAGUCCACACUUGUUACCGGCUUACGUGUGGAGAGGAUUACUGCUGCCUGCUCUGUGCAUGUUGAACUUCUUUUGCACCCUACGUAGCCAACCGUGCUCAUCGGAGGCGCCCUAAAGAAACUGCCGCACAUCGUCCUUUCAAAUAUCACUGGUGUCUCAAACCUAAAACCUGAUCCGAAUGGUGAGUGCACAUUAUGUGACCUACGUAAAAGUGCUACUGCAUACGAACGCGAUUUAGACCCCGUGACGUGCCUGCCUAGGUUUCGCGUCUCUGUCGCGUCUUUGGGGCCCAAGGCUUUACACAUCUCUUAGUUAUUAACAAGAUUGUUUCGUGACUGUAGAAACGAAUCGAUAGGUUUAUUAGCGAUUGCAUUAAAGUUGGUCCUACACUUCCGUUGUGUAAAGAUGCAAAAAAAAUCGUCUAACAAUGGUCGUUUUCACAUCGAUUCCCACGUCAAGAGCGGAGUUACGUUUCGGCCCCAAAAUCUUCCACUCGUGAACAACUUUUUCUAACUCGAGAAAAUAAAGUAAGAAAACAUCAAAUGUAACUCCGCAGAUGAAGAACCACGUUGCGCGUUUGCAGGUGCCUUGUCCUCAGCGUCUGUACUGGACGUCUGUAAAUUAAAAUUGCUCGCGAUAGCGAAUUCUCGAAGAAAGAACACUCGUUAAGCGAGACAUUUAUUGAAAUAACCACAUUAAUAAAAGGCUGCUUAUGUGACAUUUUCACAAAUGUGCAGGGACCCCUCUACUUAUGAACAUUCGACUUGCGAACUUUGAGAGAAACAAACAAACAAUUGAGAGUCGUAACUUCAACCGCCACGCAAAAGAUGGUGGUGGCAUCUACAUCUGCGGAACAUGAAGAGCCAUUGGCAUCUACAGGAGAUUAUACAACUUUUAAAGCAAUUACCCGUGUUUAGUGCACAUGCCGUACAACGUGCUUGAAAUCGACAGGAGUAAAGUUGGACUUAGGAACAAAUCGACUUACGAACAGACCUGAAACCUCACUCGUUCAUUAGUAGAGUCUCUGUAUUGGAAGACUAUCACAUACAUGGCCUGAGAAGAUAACAUGCAACGAACAAUUGUGUUUUUACUUGUGGAGAUGAAUUAUUUGAUCUCAACAUCUACACUAACAAUAGAACAAGGUGCUCUUUGGCGAUAACUAUUUGAGAUGGAGGAAACAACGUUACGUGUAUCACUAUUUAAUUAUCCCGACAUUUAUUGAUAUGCAAGAAAUAGAACACAUUUAUGCAUCGAAUAGCAUUGUGGGGAUUGUGGUCCGAUUUUCGAUAGUUAGCGAUGCAUUCUUCGGCCGACGACGAUUUUUCUAAGGCAACGGAUUUAAUUCGAGGCACGUUCAAAAAGUCACAGGCACAACGGGAGGGCGAAACAAGCAUUUGGUGGAUGCAUAAAUAAAACAACAAAAAACUCAACACGUUCAUCAAUAACACCGCAGCCUUGAAAGGAAAAAAAUAUUUACUUGCUGACAUUUCAGACAGUGCAAUUUCUUCAUCGUAAAAAAAUAUUUCCACGACUUGUAAGUUAAUAAUUGAGAGUAACGUGCGUGUAUUCCUUCGGUGCCUUAGUCCAUCAUUGACUACAUUUCUGUAAUUAUUAUUACAUCAAGAAAACAUUUAAAAUACAUCGCGGUCAGUUUUACAUGCACGAUAGGCUUUGCUAAUGCAUUAAUGGGUCAUGAGAGAGCUUUUCUCAAUUUAGUUUUGUGCUGGGGAGGGCAGGGGGAGGAGGCUGUUUUAAUGAGGAACAUUUUACAAUGACCUCCACGAAUGCACAGCAAUCGAAUCCCAUCAAAGUUCCGUUGUAGUGCAAACGUAAUAUUACAGGAAUAAAGGGCAUUGCUGAACAAUUUUAUUUAUGCAUGUCGUACGUGUCAGCCACUUAUCAGUCUUCAUUUGAAGGUUUCGUGACUGCAGGAAUCCAUACUCUCUGUUUCUUUCGGUAAAGUCACGUAGGUAGAAAUAAAAUAAAAUCAAUCACGACGUUUCGAACGCAACACAAGCGCCCGUCUACAUGUGAGAAUCGCGACAUCUGCGAUGUCUGCUGCGAACAGCACGAUGUCUGCUCACUUAUCAGAGCCCUACCUUAUUACAGACCAAUUAAGACCUUAUUGGUCACCCCGUACCCCUUUAUACAUCUCAACGUUCAUCCUACAAAGUCCCUUCAUCACAAGGGAGAAACGCAGACAAUUAAAACAAAAUUUUGCCCGUAUUGAAACGGCUGUAUGCCGUAUGGACUUGAAAACUCAAUUUCCCUGCACAAGCAUACGGGGUGAACCGUCUGGGUUGACAGCUGUGGCAUGUUGAGGUAUGGACCAGGAGGGUGUCGGCAACUCGGGACACCAUGCGGCUCUUUAAAGGACCGCUUCAUGAAGUUGGUCACGAUGCAUUAACGGCUCUUAAAAUUUGAGGGAUUAUUUUUUUACUCAAUUCUUGGCUAUUUUCGCUACCGACCCCUGGUUGGUAGUGAAAAUAAUCGGGAUCAAUUUUUGUCUUUGUGUUGUUGAUAGCGAGCGGCUAUGAACAAUUUGCUUUUAAGAGUUGUGGCAUUUACACAAAGCAUUGUGUAAGCUACUGCAUAGUAUUAAUAAUGAAUGAGAUAUUUGAGUCAUGGUGACAUUUAAAUGUAGAUUUUUUUUUUACAUUCGGUUGCUUGGCAUUUGACACGAUCUCCAUUUUAUUUGACCCCAAAAAAAACGUUUUUACUUUGGACACCUGAUGGCAUUUGUUAUUGAUGAACGAGUUACCCUCCACUUUCCGCUGUUGGCUUGCUGCGGAAAAACAAGGGUGAACCGGACAUUAUAUUUAAACUCCCGUUUUGUACUAUAAUAAAAGUGCAAAACAUUCGUUUUAGUGCACACGGGCUUGUGACUUUUUGAACGUGUCCACAUUAACCCAAAUGUAAAUAGACAUUGUAGCAACAAAAGUAUAUAUUUUGAUGCGCGUGUAGAAAUAGGCAAACUGUGGCUUUGUCAGGCCUAUUAAUAUUUUCACUUUCAUAGAUGCCUUGCAGUUGUAACAUACGGAAACUGUUCUGGUUAACCAACAUCCAUGACCAAACCUCCAGCAAUAUAAUACAAUUGUACAAAUAAUUUGACGACGAUGAUGCUGCUGCUGCUGCGUUGGCAGUAGUGCGCAAAUAACAAUACGCUCAAACGCAAUUUGUUGGCAGCACUGUGGCCUUAAAAAGAUUAAGUGUUUAUAUACACAACGUUUCAGGCAAUGGCCCUUCUUUGUAGAAUGUGGUCAGAGGCAGACAGAGGGCCAGAAAGGUGAGUGAAACAUGUAUCGUGCAUGAGGUUAAAGGGGCAUUUCUUUUUACUCAUUUAAAGUAUAGUGAAAUAUUCCUAAAUAAAAAAAAUACACUUGUUGAUAGUUAAGUCUAUAAGCUUGCUUGUGCGUGCGUUAAGUCUAUUUGACAAAUAAGAUUAUCGAAAAAAAAAUUGGGUUAGAUCGCGUAAAUAUAAAUGCGUCCUUAAACCUGCCACCACCCAACACAGCAAAUUACUAAGAUUUAUCACGAAGCGAAACAUGCCAAUUCGCUACUAGUUCAGCACACCGGUGUGUUGGAGAGUGGUGGUAGCGUCACAUUCACCGUUGAUACAAUUCUUAGCGGUCUUACAUUCCAUAAUGUAAAAUAUAUAUUUUGCAUGUGCUAUGAAGAAGAGCCAUUGCUCAAAGCAUCACCUAUUAUAGACAUUUCCCGUCCAGGUCACAGUGUUUUUGACGAAUGUGUUUUUAGCAGUGGCGGCUCCUGCAAAAUCUCUCAGGGGGGGCAAAUGUCUGGAUGAUUGAUAAGGAUAAGGUCCACCCAUGCAAUGAAUAAAUUAACAGCUUAAGCAUGUAAAGGCAACUUCACUUCUUUAAUAUUAAUGAAAAAUAAAGUGACUCUUACAAUACAUCUUGUUUGUUUAUAUACUCACUAUUAAAACACUCAAGUUUAUUUUAUUAAAGAUUCCACUAGGUAGCGAUAAAUUAUAUUGUUGGAUGAAACGUGCUUACUUAUGAUGACGUAAGCACGUAUGAUGACGUAAGCACGUUAGGGCGAGCCCUCCCGGAAGCCAUAGAGAAUGCAUGGGAGCGCCCCCGUUCGAAAAAAAACAUCUUUGAAUGUAAGUCUAUGGGACCACUCGGGGCGAUUCUCAGCUGGAGGGAAAUCGCCCCAAAAGAGGCGGUACUCCACAGAACGUAGCAUGACGCUGAUUGGACUAUAUCCAGAGGCUGACAGUGACGGCUAGCGUGACUGUGGUUGAAUGACAUUGGUGGUGCGUCGCCCAAUCGCCCUAACGAAGAAACCGCCCCUGGUUUUUAGUUUCUUCCCCAUAGCGUCGUGUAGAUACGUGCCAACAGCAGCGGCAAAGUAACGCACUGCAAGAAACGCCAAACACACGUGGGGAACGUUUGCGAUUCAGAUCGCAAAUCUGCGCGAAUCACAUUGGAGCAUACCGUCAACAUGAAAUUAAAAAUAUAUUUGAUUGAUGUCUACACACUUUUUCUUUGGCGAAUGAACAUAUGUCCUGCUAAGUGGAAUUCAUCACAAAGUGACCAUCACCACUGCAUUGUCUGGCGCUCCCAAAGGGGAUUGUAGUGUUCUGGUUGUAAUUAAGCAAGUACACACACCCGUUGACAUGUUCCUAAAAACGAUUUUACUUCAUUAUUGAUGGGAGAGUGACAAAGGUGGAUUUGGUUUCCCGUGUGGAAAGUGGACGACAGCUGAUAAGGUGAUUGGUAAGAUGUUUUAUUUUUGUUACACCCACAGGAUGCUUCUACCUUACAAAACACGCCGCAUUCUGCCAAAUUCUUAGGCCCGGACGCCUGUUACGCAUCACGCGAGCUGCAGAGUGGGGAUAAAGACACAACCGGCCUGAUCAUUCCCAGAUCGUACACCGGCGGGUUGGGGCAUGUGGUUUGCAUUGUGGUGCAUGUACAGCUCUCUCGUCAUCUCAAUCCACUGCUGGAUGAUGGCCUUCCCACGCAGUGCCGGUUAUUUUAUUAUCGUUCGCCGCUGGCUUUGGUCAAAGGGUGAAGGGUAUCACGUGGUACGGCACCUCUGCCAACAACUUAACCCCGCAGUAGCCUCAAGCACGGUGGCGGUCUCCCAUCCCAAGCGCUCUGCAGGCUCAGAAUCCUUUAGGAUUUCACAUAUUGCAACUAUCUUGAGGUUUUGGGCAAGCCAACAGGAGCAAGUGUCCCCAUUGCAAAGCGGAAUUCCGCGGAAGUUCUCAAGUGUUUGCACACGUGACACUCUUUACAGGUGCACGCAUAUAAGAACAUGUGGCAAAGUAAUUUAGGGCAUUCAUACUUAGUUUUUUCGGUAAAGUCACGUAGGUAAAAAAUGAAAUUAAAAUUAAUAAAAGUAAUAAUAGAAAUAAAAUAAUACAAAAUAAAAAAUCACGACGUUUCGGAGGCAACACAAGUCUCCGUCAUCAGGUGGGACCGUCACAGCCAGAUUUGCUGUAUCAAGUGAGGCAGGGAUUCCAAUGUGCAAGUUCUUAAAUACAAGUUAAGGGGGAGGAGGGGGGGGGAGCUUAUCAGAAUGUGGUAGCCAAUGAAUGGAACGUAUUAUUUCUAUUAUUUUACUAAUUUCAAAUUCAUUUUUUACCUACGUGACUUUACCGAAACAACUAAGAGUACAAGUUAGGGCAGUCCACUUUUUUGAGGAGGGGUGCUUUCCAUGCCGAGUAGUUGGCCAAGCUCCCAAUGGAAUCAAUCUUAAUUUUGGAGCUUUCGUGACUGCAGGAAUUAUUCUUUGGUUCUUUCGGUAAAGUCACGUAUAAAGAUAAAAUAAUAAAUUAAAUAAAAGCAUACUACGACGUUUCGAUUGCAACACAAGCAAUCAUCAGGUAUAAAAGAAAUAGCAACAAAAAUCUAACCAGAAAACUAUAGACAGACAUAUAAGCAGACAGACAUCAUAAAGAUACACUCUCUGUGUAUCAGGUAUAAAAGAAAUAGCAACAAAAAUCUAACCAAAAAACUAUAGACAGACAUAUAAGCAGACAGACAUC